UUUUCCAGAUUUCUCACACUGAUAAAGGAAGGUUCAUCAUGAUCUCUUUCUGGGUCAUGGUCCUCUUUCUGAUUGGUGACUCUGCUUGCAGUUUCAGUGAGAUGACGGCCAAAGAGGGCUCCUGUGUGACGGUCAACUUAACUCUGUCCGGUAUAAGGAAUUCUGGGUACAUUGUUUGGUUGAAGGACGCCGUGUGGAAUAAGGAGGCAAAGGAUUUUGAGGGCACAAUCGUGCACAGCCUCAAACCUGACAAACCCGCCGCGAGUGAAUUUGAAAACAGAGUGUCUGUGGGUUCCACUGAGUCCACUGAGUAUUCAAGGAACUACGAAUUGACCAUCAGUAACCUGAGACUGGAAGACAGCGGAAAUUACUUGGUUAGAUACUAUGAUGAAGAUGAUCCUUCUUAUAAACUGAGCAGCUCGACAAUGAGUCUUGAUGUUCAGGAGAACCCUUGCCAGGUCAGCGUAACAGGGCCAGAGCUGGUCCAGACGGGGACGGAGGUGAUUUUGCGCUGCUCCACCGUGGGGCCCUGCGAGUACAGCCCCGAGUGGCGUAGCUCAGGGCCAGGCCCGGCCUCCAGUGAAGUCUCCGACACCCAGGGUGCGAAAACAGCCCAGCUGCGCUUCAAAGCGGACUGGUCACAUGACGGGGUGGAGUUCUCCUGUUGGCCAUCGCAGAGCAACGACGCGUGCGCCUCCAGAAACAUCAUGCUGACCGUGGGAG